AUGUGGUGGUUCGGCAAAUGUGCUGGCUGCAUCUGCCGCUUGUCGGACGUGGCACCGACUAGUAACUGGGCAGAUCUGCGACCGCUAAUGCCUUCUCCUGCGUCUGCUGUGUCUACUCCUGGGUUGGAACCCCGUCCGGGUCUUUACACGGCUCGUCAUCGCGUGACGCAGGAACUCGUUGCUCUCAAAGUACUGGACCGUCGCCUGCUACGUCAACGUGCUACUCGCCGCCGUCUCCGACAAGAAGUGCGAGUGUUACAGCUGGCACAUGACCACCAAAACUUAUUGCAGCUCCACGAGGUGACAUCGACGGGUACGCGCGUGGAGCUGGCGUUCGAGUUGGCCAGGGGCGGUGAGGUGUUGGCUAGACUGCACUCCGAACGGGAUGUCAGCCGCGUGAUAAAGCAGGCCGCGCUGGGAUUGCAGUUCCUCCACGAACGAGGUAUCGUACAUGGAGAAGUGCGUCCUGAACAUCUUCUCUUCAGCGAUGACGAACCCGACGCGCGGGUGCUUCUUGCUGCUUUUGGGCGGGCGGCACCUUGGCGGUCGCUGACGCUGCGCUGUCGUCCCCGGACUAGAGGAUUCCUGUGGGACGAUACACACCACAUCCGGUUCCUACCGCCGUUUCUACUUAGACGCAGGAAUAGAGUCAAACAUGAAGAUGAUAGAGGGCGCCUCGUUACGAUCUGGAGAGAGGCGCAGCAGAUCGACGUGUGGGCACUCGGUGUCACGCUGUACGUGAUGCUGUGCGGCUGCUUCCCGUUCAGUAAUGGCAGCCAGCAGGAGAGCAACGUCAUAGACAUUGAGCGUCGCAUGCUGCAGGACAAAUUGACAUUCCCGGAGGGAGGAGCGCUGCUGAGUCGUGCGGCGAGGGACCUGCUACGUCGACUGCUGGAGAAGAACCCUGCUGCUGCCAUGAGUAUUGAAGAGGUGGUAGCACACCCAUGGCUUAACGGAGGCGUAGCACCUGCUGUCAGCUGGAGUACCGAGAUACUGGUGCAGCACGACCUGUUCACUGCGCGGUAUGCGGAGGAGGUAGCUGCAGUCGCGUACAGACCGUCCGUAUCGGCCAGUUCAGCCGUGAGUGGACUGGACAACCAGAGUGAAGUGGCAAAUGCUCCUCCAAGUAGGAAUAGUACGCUGACAAGUGAUGGUCCCCGUAGUAGUCUUGGUGGAGGUGCUGUGCUAAAACGUGAAACCCUGGAGGAAGAAGCGGGCGAAGAGGAAGCACGUCCGUCUUUUAUGUCUACGCACGGCACUCCGCUGCUGUUGGACGAGGAAGUGCAGCAGGAACGCCCCAGUGCAGAUUGCUUCAUGCGGCUUGCUAGCCUCGAGAUGGGGGGCAACAACAUGAACACGAACAGCGACGACGAAGACGUCGUAGCCGACCCCGGGACAGGCCGUUCCCAGAGUAUCAUCCCCGCGAACGGGUAUACGACAGAGGCCAAUGCUGCUAGUGAUGGCAGGAACGUGACCCGCCAAAAAUCUCUAGACAAAAUGUGGCAGGUGUUGCUGCGUCAGCGUCGCUUCUUCUCGUCCAGGUCGCUAAGUAGCGGCUCAAGCAACGAAAGAUCGUGAUCAAUACCGACGACGUACGAAUGUAGUAGACGUAUGUGAAGCGGCAGAAUGGCCGCUAGAAUAAAUUUUGUUAGCAGUGCAUUGCCUACUGG